AUGGCCCUGUGGAUGCGCCUGCUGCCCCUGCUGGCCCUGCUGGCACUCUGCGCCCCCGCCCCGGCCCGAGCCUUCGUCAACCAGCACCUGUGCGGCUCCCACCUGGUGGAGGCUCUGUACCUCGUGUGCGGGGAGCGAGGCUUCUUCUACACACCCAAGGCCCGCCGGGAGGUGGAGGGCCCCCAGGUGGGGGCGCUGGAGCUGGCGGGCGGCCCUGGCGCGGGCGGCCUGGAGGGGCUCCCGCAGAAGCGCGGCAUCGUGGAGCAGUGCUGCACCAGCAUCUGUUCGCUCUACCAGCUGGAGAACUACUGCAACUAG